UGAGAAUCUGCCCCGGCUCUCCCAUCUCCAGAUUAGUUUAUCAGAGUAUAUGAAAGAUCUUACGUAUCUAGAGAAGGAAAGAAAGAUACAUCCCAAUCGUCACUUUAUGCAUUUAUGAAGGCAUCAUCAGUUAGCAAUGGAAAUGACUCAAAUGAGAUGCUUAGGGGUGUUUCAGGUGGACAAAGGAAGAGAGUUGCAACAGUGCUCAUAGGCUCAUAGCAGGAGAGAUGAUUGUUGGGCCAAGAAAGACUCUGUUUAUGGAUGAAAUAUCUACUGGAGUCGACAGCUCCACUACAUACCAUGUUGUGAAGUGCAUAAGGAAUUUUGUUCAUCUAAUGGAAGGAACCGUCUUAAUGGCUCUUCUUCAGCCUGCCCCAGAGACAUUUGAUAUGUUUGAUGAUCUGGUUUUGCUUUCCGAAGGAUAUGUAGUGUACCAUGGUCCACGAGAUAGUGUUGUUGAGUUCUUUGAGUCAUUAGGUUUUAAACUACCACCUCGUAAGGGGAUCACAGAUUUUCUUCAACAGGUGACUUCAAGGAAAGACCAGGCACAAUACUGGGCUGAUCAUUCAAAACCAUAUGUUUUUAUUCCAGUUUCAAAAAUUGCUGAAGAAUUUAGAAAUUCCAGAUAUGGUCAGGCCUUGGAGAGUCUUAUCUGUCAGGUCCUUAUGAAGGAACUGGUGCCCAUCAUUCAGCUCUCUGUGCUAAAAGGUUUGCAGUUUCUAACUGGGAGAUCUUCAAAGCAUGUUUUUCCAGAGAACUGCUUCUCAUUAAAAGACACAGAUUUCUUUACACUUUCAGAACAUGCCAGGUUGCAUUUGUGGGAUUUGUGACUUGCACAAUGUUCUUAAGAACCCGGUUACACCCCACUGAUUUGGUCAACGCAAAUCUGUACCUCUCUUGCCUGUUUUUUGGUCUGGUGCAUAUGAUGUUCAAUGACUUUCCUGAGAUGCCUAUUACAAUUUUCCGAUUACCAGUGUCCUAUAAGCAAAGAGAUAAUCUUUUAUAUCCUGCCUGGGCCUGGUCUAUCUCUUGUUGGCUUACACGCAUACCUUACUCAGUAAUUGAAGCAGUUAUACGGUCUUGUGUUGUAUACUAUACUGUAGGAUUUGCUCCUGGUGCGGGAAGGUUUUUCCGCUAUAUGUUCGUCCUUUUUUCCAUACAUCAGAUGGCAUUGGGCCUCUUUCGCUCGAUGGCAGCUCUUUCACGAGAUAUGGUCAUUGCUAGUACAUUUGGCUCAGCUGCCUUGCUAGCUAUAUUCUUAUUGGGUGGUUUUAUAAUCCCUAGAGAUAUGAUAAAGGGAUGGUGGGUUUGGGCUUUUUGGGUAUCACCAUUAUCCUACGGGCAACGAGCAAUAUCUGUCAAUGAGUUCACGGCAACAAGAUGGAAUGAGAGGACUACUUUAGGAAAUAUUGCUCUUGGAAACAGCCUUUUGCAAUCACACAGCUUACCUGCAGGUGGCUAUUGGUAUUGGCUGGGAGUUGGUGUUCUACUGCUCUAUGCCUUGUUUUUCAACAUCAUAGUGACACUGGCAUUGACGUUUCUUAACCCGAUCAGAACAUCUCAGGCAUUCGUAGAAGAAAAUUCAGCUAGAAAGGAUGCGGAAAACAGGGCGAACAUACAAGAGAUAGACCAGGCCCAGGCAGGAAAUGUAGUGUACCAUGUAGUGUACAACAAUAACUAUUAUUAUUAUUAUUAUUUUAAAAGGAAAUAUAAAACAAAUAACCUGCUGAAGAAAAUUUGCUAUACCCUUACGAGGUGGAAGUCUAAAAACCUAAUGACUCAAAGAACUCAACAACACUAUCUCGUGGACCAUGGUACACUACAUAUCCUUCGGAAAGCAAAACCAGAUCAUCAAACAUAUCAAAUGUCUCUGGGGCAGGCUGAAGAAGAGCCAUUAAGACGGUUCCUUCCAUUAGAUGAACAAAAUUCCUUAUGCACUUCACAACAUGGUAUGUAGUGGAGCUGUCGACUCCAGUAGAUAUUUCAUCCAUAAACAGAGUCUUUCUUGGCCCAACAAUCAUCUCUCCUACAUUGACAUGGCCCAACAAUCAUCCAUAAACUGAGGUGAUAAGUACGUCAACGUGUAGUGGCGAUUGUGAUGUAUAUUUCUUUCCUUCUCUAGUAUUUCAUUCUUCUCAUACUUCGUUGUAAAAAAGCGCAUGGAGAACUCUUUAUUCUCAAGUCAGAGACAUGUAUUGUUUGUCAAAGUAUAUCAAUUGUCCAUUUAUACGAAUGUGUAUAGUAGUAAGGGAUACAAUUACUUAAAAAAAGAAUAAAAUAUAGACAAAGUGCAGUAUAUUGUGAAAUGGAGAAGAUUUAAAGUAGAUAUAA